AAAAAAAAAAAAAAAAAAAAAAAACAGAGAUAUUUGAUGUACAGAAAUUUUUGUGAUUGAAGGUUUUUUUGCAAUUGUUCUCUAUCCCACUUCUCAUAUUUGUUUCGAUAUAAGGUUUCUCUUUCUGCUCUACACUCAGGGUAGUUAAGGAUGUUCAAUUAGAUGGUGACUUCAUCUCCAGCAUAAAGUGGUUAGACGUUAGAUGCAAUAAUUGUUGCCUCAUCUAAGCCAGGCUUGUGAUGUUCAUGCAUUUCAGUGAGAACGCUGUUGCAUAUUUAUUUCAGUGAGUCUUCUUGAAACAAUUUGUAAAAGGAUGCGUACAACUCUGGGGAGGGUUCCUUUGGGGUCAAUAGCAGACUUGUGUUGCAAAUCAAUAUUGCUUAAACAUGGGGAAAUAAAUGCAACAGUCAAAUUGAGAUUUUGUCGAAGUAUUGCCACUUCACUCGGUAAUUGCAAAUUUUUCUAAUUGGGAUCCAAUAUUUUUCUGAAGCAUGGAGAAAAAUCAACUGGAAAAUCCAUUCAGAAGCAAAUUGUUGAUGCCCUUUACCUGGGUGAGAGAGGCAGAGCGUCCCAUCUGCUUUUAGAUCUCAGCCAUGCAAACAACUCAUUAAGAGCUAAUGACUUUGCUGAUAUUCUCAAGUAUUGUGCAAGAUCACCUGACCCGUUGUUUGCGAUGGAGACUUGGAGAAUAAUGCGGGAAAAGGGGAUUGGCCUCAAUAACCGAUCCUGCCUCUUUAUGAUGCAAGCUCUAUGCAAAGGGGGUUAUAUGGAGGAGGCAUAUGAUCUAAUUCAUUUUCUCAGAGAAAAAAGUGGCAUGAAUCCUAGUCUUGCUAUGUGUAAUAGUUUCUUGGAAGCUUGCUCAGAAAUCUACAGCAUAACUCAUGCCAAUCGAUGUUUAGAUUUGAUGGAGCGUAGAAUGUUGGGGAAGAAUGAAGAUACAUAUACAGCGCUUCUCAAGCUUGCUGUUAUUCAGCGAAACCUGUCUGCAGUCCAUGAGAUUUGGAAGGACUAUAUCAAAUACUAUAGUCCAAGUAUUUUGUCUUUGCAACAGUUUGUUCUGUCCUUUGUAAGUUUGAGAGAUACAAAUUCUGCAUGCCAAAUGUUGCAACAUAUGGUGGAUUUAGUCCUUCGAGGAAACAUAUUUAUUGAGAGCACUGCUUAUGGAAAGUUGUAUUCUUCAAGAUUGGACAUUCCUAUACCUUCUAAAGAUGAGUUGGGUUUGCAGAGAUUUUACUUGAAGGAGAUUAAUGAACUGUCUGUUCCUUCAAGAGUAGAUGCCUAUGCUAGCGGCAUAGAGUGCAGCACUAUUUCUAAUACUGGAAAAAAAAUUGAGUUUGUUGGAACAGUUGCAUUGAAAAACAUUGAAAGCAUACCUGCUAUCAAGGUUCUGAGGUCAUCUUUUGGGAAUGUAAUGCAUGCAUGCGCAAAAGAGGAAAAUUUUAGGAUAGCAGAACAGUUAAUGCUUCAGAUGCAAAAUCUUGGGUUGCAACCUUCAGAAGGUACAUAUUGCAACUUUAUUAGAGCUAUUAUUUCUGAGAGAGGUACAAGUGAAGGCAUGGAAGUGCUAAAAAUAAUGCAACAGAAGAAAUUGAGGCCAAAAUGUAAAACUCUUGCUGUCCUUUCAAUGGCUUGCUGUAAAGAGUUGGAACUAGAUUUGGCAGAGGCUUUAUUGGAUCAAAUUUCUAAUUACCAAGAUCCACGUCCUUAUAAUUUUUUUUUUAGAGCAUGUGACGCUAUGGAUAAACCAGAGCGUGCUGUUCGGAUUUUGGCUAAAAUGAAACAAUUAAAAGUCAAGCCAAAUAGCUGGACAUAUGCACAUUUGUUUUCAUUAUUUGGUAAUGUGAAUGCUCCAUAUGAAGAUGGCAAUAUGUUGUCACAAGUAGACUCUGCUAAAAGAAUAAAUGCUAUAGAGAUGGAUAUGGAAAAAAAUGGUGUUCAGCACAGUCAGUUAUCAAUAAAAUUUUUGCUGAGAGCUCUUAGUGCAGAGGGGAUGAUAAGAGAGCUCAUCCAGUAUUUACACAUGGCAGAAGACCUUUUUUCUCGCCGUAACAUUUCUUUGGGAACACCUAUCUACAAUAUAGUGUUGCAUUCACUUGUGGAGGCUAAGGACAGUCGGUCAGCAAUUAAAAUAUUCAAAAAGAUGAAAUCAAGUGGUUUCGAUUUAAAUUAUGCAACUUAUACUACAAUGAUUGAUUGUUGUAGUAUCAUAAGAUGUUAUAAAUCUGCUUGUGCUCUAGUUUCCAUGAUGGUGCAUGAUGGAUUUUAUCCGAAUACAGCUGCAUAUACUGCUCUCAUAAAGGUUGUCUUGGAAGAUGAUAACUUCGACGAAGCGUUGAAUCUUUUAGAUCAUGCGAGGUCAGGCGGUGUUAAACCAGAUGUAUUGUCGUAUAAUACUGUUCUUAGAAAAGCAUAUUUAAAGAGAAGGAUUGAUAUUAUUGAGCAUAUUGUUGAGCUGAUGCACCGUGAAAAAAUCAAGCCUGAUGGGGCAACCUGCAAUUUUGUGUUCUGUACAUACGUGGAGUGUGAUUUUCAUAACACAGCGAUAGAAGCAUUGCAAGUUUUGAGUUUGCGUAUGAUUUGUGAAGAUGACAAUUCUUUUCAAGAAAAGAAAGAAGAAUUCGAGAAUAAUUUCAUCCUUUCUGACGACCAAGAUGUUGAGUCACGAAUACUUGAGAUGUUUGGAGGUCAUCAGGAGACUACUGCUGUUGCCCUCUUGCAUUUAAGAUGGUCUGCCAUUCUUAGGUUCCCAAUUUGUUGGUCACCAAAUGAAACUCUAUGGGCAAGGAGACUUUCAGUUAACUAUGAUGCUAGAAAGAGUAUUGUGUGAUAGAUAUUUGUUGGUUAUCGUUGAUGAAGUUACAUUAUAAGAAAGGGGGACAAAGAUUUGCCUGAAGGUCCUGGAUUCGAGCCCAGGACUUGCGGUUUUUGCCUCAUUUGCCUUCUUUUGAAUUUGGCGUACAAGAGUUUGCCCCUUAAUUUACACUUCUAGCUUCACUCCUGGCUACUGUUCUUUUUGUUCAACUAAAUCAUGGUGAUGGUGAGGGCUGCAAUUUUUUAUGGGCAGUGAUUUUUGGUUGCUUGUUAUUUAAUAAUGUGUUGGGGGUCUAUGUUGGUGGUGAGAGCUGCAAUGAUUCACAGCUUAAUUGGAGUUUGGUUUGAUUAUUUCUUUGCAGCUUGAGCUGUCGGUGGUAGUUACAUGGCAGCAAAUUUCAACAGUGUCCAUUAAUAUCGGAUGUAUUUUUACAGUCUAGCUGGACAAUAAUGAAAUUUUGGUAUUUUACCUGAAAAAUAACAAAUGUUAGAUUGGAGCCAA